AGUCUACAGUCUACAGUCUACAGUCUACAGUCUACAGUUACAGUUACAGUUUCAGUUACAGUUACAAUUAGUCUACAAUUAUUGACUUCAGUCAAGUGACAGUAUUAAUUUAUUCAGUAUCGCCAUGGCCCGCCAAACCGCCAUCCAGAAUUUUGCAAGAGCGACCAAGCCAGGCGUCAGAGCCCAGGCCCAGGGCAAGACCGCGCUGCUGCCCAUCUCGCCGUCGAAGAAGAGGAAGCUGAACGAGCUGGGAAGUUGCGAAGACUGUGUCUCUCCCAAGACGUUGAAAUUCAGUGUCUCGGCGACGCCUGAGGAAAGCACGAAAACCAUCGUUCCAGAGUCAUCGUCACCGUCACCGUCACCGUCACCCUUGCUGUCACCACUACUAAAGGAAAAAACCUACCCUCCCUCCCUACUCGACCUGCAGAACCUUCAUGCCGCCUUCCUCAAAGCCCUGACCAUCCAUUUCGCACAACGCGGUCGCUCCGCCCCCGUCGACCUCGCAGACUUGCUCGGCAGCGUGACUAGGAUCUGGCGGAAGCGGAAAGUCGUCGUCAAGGAUGUCCAGCGGCUGGUCUGGGUGUGGAGUCAGGACGAGACUGCGUCGGAGCGGUGUUUGGGCUAUCGUAUCGCCAACUACGGGCUGGGAAAAAUCUGCUUGGAGCGGGUGUUGCACAAGGAGAGCACCGCCAAAGAUUGGUUUGACGAAGACACCCUGCAGGAGCGGUUUGAAGAGAUUUCCGAUUCCAUAUGGAGGAGGAGGAGGAGGGAACAAGAAACGGAUUGCUCAGACGACAUCUCCUCGACCCUAGGCCUGGCGCCCGUUCACGAAUCGCUCACCCCGCUGACAUCCUUUCGCAAAGGCCAGCAGCGACUGCAGGACCUCAAGGGCGGCAUCAUCAGAGCAAAGACGGAGCAGCUGCGUGCCCAGGCCGACCAGCCCGUGGGCCCCAAACCGCUCGACACCACCACCGACCGCCGCCAGAGCCUGAUGAGCCGCAUCAAGAGCAAGGAGCUGCUGCAGUCGAAGCUCCCCGCCCCGCCGUCCAAGGAUGCCCUGCUGUGCCGUGCCGCCGCCCAGCGAGUCGAAGAGGUCGUCGCCGUCCUGGCCCUCCUGCGACCUACGCCCCUGCCGGGCUCCUCGGUCGUCCAGCGCAAACCCUUCCAGCUGGAGAUGGUCGUCCAGCAUGCCCAGGACUCGCUCCGCAACCCCAUCUCGCGCGACGAGGUCGAAAAGUGUGUGGAAAUCCUCGCCCGCCUAGACGUCGCGGGGCAUUGGGUCGCCCUCGUCACCGUCCGUCACGUCAAGUCCGUCGUCUUGAAGUCGUGUAGCGACGUCUCCCCGAGGGAUAUCGGCGCCAAGGUUGCCCAGAUGAAGAUUGGAUACGAGGCUGUAUAAUUUUUUUUUCCUUUUGAAUAACUAUACCCGUUUGUUGUAUACCUAGCGUUAGCAUAGCAUAGCGUAAGAAUUCUACC